AUGCCCCCUCCCGUCGGCCGAUACGGGCCUACUGGCCUAACAGCUUCCUAUACCCACCUACAGCAAGCCCAUCUCCAGCAACAGCAACAAGCCCAACAUCAUCCGGCCCAAGCCCAGUCGGCCAACUCAGCCCUCCCUCCUCCAUCUCUCGGUGGUCACCCCGGUUUUGCUACCGGAAACCCGAACACAAAUAUCAAUCCGUUUACACUGUCCGGCACCGGUAUCGCAAAUGGUAUGUCCGUCGCAGGGUUCGCGAGUGCCGGGGAUGGAGGCGGCACCGGACUCGCCAGCCACGCCGCCCAGAUGGGCUUCGCACGAGGCGCGCAGAUGCAACAGCAGCAAUUACAUCAGACUCACGAUGGCCGACUGGCGCUCGAGGCAAAGGCCGGUGCGGUGAAGACGCGGAUACGUGACGUAUGGAGCCACAAUCUGGCUCAGGAAAUGGCCAUCCUGCGACAGUUUGUCGAGAAGUAUCCCUACAUCAGCAUGGACACUGAGUUCCCCGGUAUCGUCGCACGUCCAAUGGGAGCGUUCACGAAUAAAGCAGAUUACCACUAUCAAACUCUCCGGUGUAACGUCGAUCUCCUGAAAAUGAUCCAGCUCGGUAUUACCUUGUUUUCUGCCGAAGGCGAGGUACCCCCGCCCAACGCUACGGAUGCGAAUGGACAGCCUCUCGGAAACAGCCUCGUCCCGGCGCCGUGCACAUGGCAGUUCAACUUCCGGUUUUCGUUGGAGGAAGAUAUGUACGCACAAGAGUCGACGGCUAUGCUGGCCAAGGCGGGUAUCGAUUUCUCCAUGCACGAGAAAAAUGGCAUCGACCCCUUUGAGUUCGGUGCUCUUUUAAUCAGCUCGGGGCUGGUUCUUUUGGAAGAUGUCCAUUGGGUCUCUUUCCACUCCGGCUAUGAUUUCGGAUACCUCAUGAAGAUUAUGCUCUGCAAACCUCUUCCCGAGAACGAAGAGGAAUUUCACAAACUCCUCAAGAUCUUCUUCCCGUCGCUGUAUGAUAUCAAAUAUUUGAUGAAACAUGCAGGACGCAAUCAGGCUGUAAACGACUCUCCGUUAACGCCAGCCGCUGCUCAAAUCCUCACUAAUCUCGGACAGAAGUCGGGUCUGCAAGACAUUGCGGAUGAGCUCGGUGUCAAGCGCGUCGGCAUCGCUCAUCAGGCAGGGUCGGACUCUCUCGUGACGGGUGAGAUUUACUGGAAGAUGCGCCAACUCGUCUUCAACGGCAGCAUCGACGAGUCGAAAUACUCGGGUCAGAUUUGGGGCUUGAACGGUCAGAUGCCGGCUUUGCUGUACCACAUGCAGCCACAUCAGACUCCCAAUCUCAACGGCGCCACAAUCUACUCGGCUGCCGGCACGCCAAGCACCCCCAAUGCCGGUCACCUGGGCAGCCAAACACCCCAUACGAUGACACCUGGUGCCACCGGCGGCGUCCUGGGGCAAUUCCAGCUUGCCAAGUCAUGA